AUGGGCUUCGCCCUGCUGGGCCGGCAGCUGCUGGCCGCUCUCCUCAGUGUUCUGGUGUUUGCCUUUUGGGAGGUCCGGUCCGCUGCCGCAUGGAAAACCGGGGCCGAAUGCGAGCCCCAGCCGCUCCUCACCUGCACCCUGAACCAGACGGAGGAAGACGCGCGGUUCGAGGGACACUUGCCGCAUACGUCCGGGCGCCCAUGGCUCAGGGGCGACCGGCAGCUUCAGAAGGCCGGCCUCGGCAGCCCCGCGAGCGAGGCCUUGGCUCCCACGGAGGAUCAGAACGGAGACGACCAGUGCGUUUUCCCGGGUAAGGGGACCGGCCGGAAGACGUCGAGGAGGGAGAAGGAAAGGCCCGAGGUGUUCGCUAACCCCAAGACGAAGCAGGCCCUGGAGGGCGAAGACGUGGUCCUCGUGUGCGAGAGCCAUUCCUGUCCUUCCAUUGACUGCUGGGACUGGUACCGACACCACGACGUGGAGGGCGAUGUGCUCCUGCUCAACGGCACCGGGCAGCGGGUCUUCAUCACCGAGAGUGCCCACCGCAGCGAGCUGCUUCUCCGGCGGCUGGUCGCUUCCGAGGACCCCGGCCAGUACAUCUGUGUGGGCACCAACAGCGAGGGCUACUAUGCUGCGGUGGUCCUGCUCAAGGUGCGCAGGCAACUGGCGGCGCUCUGGCCCUUCCUGGGCAUAGUGCUCGAGCUGCUGGUGCUGUUCGCCAUCAUUCUGCUUAGCGAGCGAAGUCGAAGCCGGGCCGACGAGCUCCCCGAAGUGUAG